AUGAAUGUAGAAAACAGUGCACCUGAAAAGUAUGAAGAGCUCACGGCCGUUGAGACCUAUUCUUUUCUAGCGCUAAUUGAUGUGGUGUUCACAGAGGGCUCAAAGAAAACCUGCACCGGGACCAUUAUUCACGAUAACGUAGUUAUCACCGCCGCGCACUGCUUUUCAGAAGACGAUGAAAAAGCAGAACUCACAGCAUCAUUCGUAGUAAUUGGUUCGAAAAAAAUGUUCGACACUGGCUACGAACAGUACCUGCCAAUUGAACGGGUUAUAAUCCAUCCAAAAUAUAGAGGCUGGACGGCUGAUUUGGCUUUAGUGUAUACCUUUGCUGGCAUGAUGUCUGAUAAGCCUGGAAGGGUUAUACGAUUGGCCAGUGAGGCGACCAGUACGCCAGAUUCUGACGUUACUGUUUUUAGUUGGGGACGCUGUAUAGAUGAGGUCUCAGUGACUGCCCGACACACUGAAGUUCCUAAUUCUGAUGAAGAUGACAGUGAAUCAAAGGGUAAGCUUCGAACCAGAAAAACUCAAGUAACUUCGUUCACUGGAAUAUACUCAAAUGUUGAGGAUGAAACCGUUAGUCUCCCUGCCCAUAAAGACAAACAAAGUGCCAAAAAUAAAAUGCUAGUGGGAAAGAUGACUUCUAAAACAAAGCAUCGAAAGAAUAAAAAGAAGCCAAGACGACAAAAAUAUCGUGAACCGUCCUCCGUUGCCCUAACUCCAAACAAAAAAUCAAAAAGAAUACAUAAGAUAAGAAAGACUACGAAAUAUGACAUUUCAUCUGAUCAAGAAGAUGCUAAAUUUCAUCAUUAUCAAGAAACAGAUAAAAACUUAUCAAAUUUUAAUAGUAAAGAAGACCGAGAUGGCUGGGAACAGGAAAAGGUAUAUUUGAGAAAGGUUUUUAAAGAACCAGUUGAUAAAGAAAAAAAAAGGAAUCGAGUAGCUCGUAAGAACACGAACAAGAUAACACGUUAUGAAAAUAAUUGGCGACGCACAAUGGGAAAUCAAAAAAAUACAUUAACUUCUGAAGUAUUUGGCUUUGUAAACAUACAGACUUGUAGUAAAUUGGUGGAGAAAACUAUGCCUUCCUUAUAUGAAAUAAAAAAUCCCAACGAAGUCCUUUGCUACGCAAAUGAGGCGUUCUACAUAACUGAGGAAGAUUCUGGAGCACCAGCACUACGUCAGGGUCGCCUAGUGGCCGUGACAGUGGGCGGUAUAAAUUACGGCGGAGAGCGAGUAGCAGUUGGUAUGAAGAUGAUAUGUUUCUGUGCUUGGAUCGCUGAAAAUUUGCCACAAACUGGUCAUAAAAUUGAAUGCUGUAAGAAGUGCUGUGGAACGAAAAAAGAGGAAGAGGAUAUUUUAAGACAUAUACAUAAAAAAAAGAAAGGUAGUUAUGUGGAUAUGAAUAAUAGUAAAAAA